AUGGAUAAUCAGAUAACUCCGAUUUAUUUAGAUCAUAUAGAUAGAGUAUCAAAAAAGAGAUCAAAAUCUAUGAAAUAUAAUGAUGAAAGUUUUCAAAGUAGAAAUAGUUCAUAUUGUGUAAAUAGAAAAUUAUCAGAAAUGAAUUCAACUAAAAUAUAUUCAGCUGCUGAGAUGAAUUAAAUAAUAAAACAUGCAAAACUUUGUGGGAUGUUAGAUAAUAAUUCAUAAGUAUUAUUACAUUAAUUAUAGCAUUAAUAAUAAUUAUUAGAAUAAAAUAGAAGACAUUUUGAAGAAGUUAGAAAUCUAUAGAGAAGUUGGCAUUACUAUAAGAUUAGAUAAGAAGAAUAAAACUUAAAAUUCAAUAGAAUUCCUAUGGAAUAACAUUAUUAAUUGAAAUAAAAUCAUAAAAGGAGAGAUAUUAAUAUAUAAAGAUUAAUUUAAGAAUAGAAAAGUGUAUUCUUAACUCACAAUACAUAAACAAUCAAAUAGUAGGAUUUGAUAUAUCUUUUAUCUGAAUAAAUUUAAUUAUGA